GUUUGACAGCCAGCCAGCUCCUCGCAGUUGCACCAAACGCACCUAGAACGAACCCGUGUACGCACACCACGGUCGUGACCGCGCACACAUAGCAGGGCAGCACACACGCGAGCUAGCAGCGAAAAAUACGUCCGAAAGAUUUCAGAACCGUCGUCGUCCCUUUGCACAACUUUGGUGUCGCCGAUUGGCUGGUGUGCAUUACCAGCAAUCGACGCCAGCAACAUUCCAGCAAUCCUAGCAUCCUUGUUUAGAGAACGAGCGGACGCACUGGCGCACGGGUAAAGCUCGGUGGUGUGUGGUAACACAACAGUAUUACGGGGUACGUACGGGCAAAAAGUUCUUUCGCAAAGUGCACAGCCACCCCCGAACUGGCCCUCAGUGUUUUUAUAUUACAUGGGAAGCGUGUCAUGUGCGACGCCAAAUCCGACUGCUCCAUCAUCAUCCCGUACAUCCCGUGAAUGCAUUAUUAACAGGAAAAUCGUCAACCUCAACAACAUCCUUGUCAGCCAGCGGGAGCCUCGUUCGGUAGAGUGAGUGUCGCGUUUCGGUGGAUAAGAAUUGCUUGCAUGUAGAAAAGCGGUGUGUCCAUGCCCUCACAUCCGAGCGUAGUGUGGCUUUCGUGGUUUGCAGAAUAUUACACGUGUGUCAAUUAUAGUUUUUUCGGCCAAACGCCUCUCGUCUGGUGCCAGCAAGAAGAAAGAAAAAAGCAAGCCUCAGCAAACCUCCUCGGAUGGUGGUGGUGUGUGCGUGUGUGCGACGAAGGUAGACAGUGUUUGCGUGCGUCGCUCGCGUAUGCCCGCGGGCCCUUACCGGCUGAUUGCGUGCGUUUUAGAAGCAGGCGAAACCCAAAACAUCCCACUCGGCCCAGCUACAACAGUUCCGGUACCGGAGAACGGCUACUAUGUUCAAGAGCCGCAGCGAAGGCAAUGUUGUUUACAAGUGCACCGUUCGACUGCUGGAAGAUCUCGAUGUCCUGGAGUGUGAAUUUCAGCCACACCAUAAGGGUAGUUUUCUCCUGGACUACGUCUGCGAGCAGCUGGAAAUCACCGAAAAGGAUUAUUUUGGGCUACGAUUCGUCGACUCCGCAAAACAGAGGCAUUGGCUAGAUCUGGCGAAAACUAUAAUCAAACAAGUCAAAGAUGUGGAUCCGCUCGUGCUUUCAUUUCGUGUCAAAUUUUAUCCGGCCGAUCCCCUACGGCUAACCAACAAUGGGAAACUGAUGCUGUACCAGCAGUUGAAACGUGAUCUUCGGCAUGGCCGUCUGUACUGUUCUGCUGGCGAGGCGGCGGCCCUGGGAGCGCUUAUAGUACAAGAUGAGCUCGGCGAUUACGAUGCGGAAACACACACCGGUGAGUACGUGUCGUCGCUCAAGAUUGCCCUGCGACAGUCGGAGCCGCUGGAAAAGAAAGCCAUGGAACUGCACCAGAAGCGCGAACCGGGCCAGGAAGCGGUCGCAGUGUACGAUGAGUUUGUGGGCAUCGCGCGCAGCUUAGAAACGUACGGUAUCGAUCCACAUCCGGUGAAGGAUCACCGUGGUACACAGCUUUACCUGGGAAUUAAUUUUUCCGGCAUCAGCACGUUUGCGGCGGGCCGUAGAACACAGCACUUUCGCUGGCCCGAGGUUCACAAAAUUAACUUUGAGGGCAAGAUGUUCAUCAUCCACUUAGCGUACUCAGAGGACAGGAGAGAAGUGAAAAAGCAUACUGUAGGAUUUAAGUGUCCGUCUGGUGCGGCCUGCCGGUACGUGUGGCGAUGUUCCAUCGAGCAGAUGUUGUUCUUUACUCUUCCAACUAGCCAACACGCCUCCGUUGUUUCCGGGGGUGGAUUUUUCUCUUGGGGUACCAAAUUUCGCUACUCGGGCCGCACCGAGCGAGAGCUGAUGUCGGAAGCGCUGCAGGCCCUCCGUCAGCAGAAGCUCAACAAUACCAGCCCGAGUAAAAGGAAAGCGCAAAGCGUCCCAGCGACGCCCUCGAGUCCUCAGGGGGAUUUGGCGGAAAUCCGUAAGUCCCGAUAUAGUAGCCUUCCAAGAUCGACCAUGUCGGAACCGCUGGGCGGUUGCGGCGAUCAUAUGGCGUCGUCCGUGUACUGCACCGACAAUCCACUGCCAACGCUAGAGACUGUAUCGGAGGAGGCGCGCAAAACAAACGGUGAGAGUAAUGAUCACCUGUCCGACUACUACUUCCGCGAUUCGUUCGACCACUCGUCGUCCGAGUCCGGCUUUACGGCGGCGGCGGCAAACAGUGCAAACGCGCUCGGCGAUCAUCAUCAUCAGCACCAUCGGCAUGGGGCCUCCUCCUCCGGUGGUCACCAUUCCCUGCUGCACCAUCACCACCGUCAGGCGUACACGACCGACAACAUCCCAGCGCUUGCCAUCCACAGCGUUACGAACCAUGCGGCCAGCAUCAUCCAGCAGCAGAACGCGAGCAAUAGUGCAAAGAAUGCGAAAAAGUUCUCACUGGUGCAGGCCUUCGUACCGUCGUUUGUGUUCGUCGUGGUGGUGCUGAUCCUGUCCGCGAUCUACAUCCUCGAAACCGACUCCGAGCUGUUUGCAUCGAUGCGCAACUGGCCGGAGAUGAUCUGUUUGCGCUACCAGUACUACCAGCCGCUGAAGGAGUUUCUGGCGAAAAAGUUUGGUGCCAUAUUUUGAUUCAUUCUGACGGGACGCACGGAAGCUUCCUGUACCGGCGGCGACGAUGGACGGACCGUGUGUGGGCAAGGCGGUGAAGGAUUUUCCACCUUCUACCCGCCGCAAGAGUACUUUCGCGAGCGGGAUACAAGUGCAACCGGUAACGAAACUCCCAUUACGCUCACGCUUACCCUGCCCACCGCAAGGGCCAUGUAGAGGGAGCUUCGGAGUGGCUCACAGCAGCGGACAGCAUUCUGAACACAUCGAAUACCCGCUAAGCUUGUUUGCUUGAUCAGAUCCUUAGUUAUCAACAGUAUGCGUUUUAACUGGCGCUUGUAAACGCAGUAUUUGUUAUCCAAUAAUCAAUCAGCAUUUUUAAUUGAACUCCGCGGACAUCUUCAAAUUAAACAUUUGCUUGACUUAGAAGACGAUUUUCUAAACCUUCUAAAGCUGGAUAAUCGUAGUUCGUUCUCGUUAGACCCUCAACGAUGCAAGCGGUGUGCUUUGUAGAAAGAAAAUGUUUAAUUUCAGGAUGUCCGAGGCUUUGAAUUUGUUACUUGCUUUGUUAAAACAAAGGUUCAUAUAAACCUCACCUAUUUUGCACACAGUUGUAUCGAUAUAUCAGUAUUUCUGUUUGCUUAAUUCCGCUUAACCGAACAAGUAUUCAUGAAAGCUAAAGCAAAACACACAAAAUCUCUCGGGGAGAAGUGUUUACACAUUCUAAAGUAAUUCGCAACUUCUUAACAACGAACCAACCAACUCCAAAUCCGUCUUGUAUCUGUAUUUUUGAAACAGUGUUAAAUUAGCCAGAGAAUGAUAUUAGUGCUGGGGGCGUGAUUUAGGUUUGCUCUAAGAUACAAAAAAACACACCCCCAAGCUUAUAAGCAAUUAUUGUACUUUGUACCUAUGCUACUCGAAGCAGUAUUGAGUUGAUUGUGUUGAAAGCACUGUUUUGAUGCCACAUUGUUAGGUUCGUGCUACAAACGCUUGUAUUAUAUUGCCCUAAUAAUGCAUAAUCCCUUCGAACGGGAAAACCAACACAUUAGUAUGUUAGUACAUUUUGUAAAUGGCAAAUUCGGUUCGUAUUCCUCCGUUGCCCGAAGCAUUAAGUAGUUUUAGUAGUGAGGGAAACACACACAAAAUCUACUUCAUCGUACCUCUCUUGUCUGGGACCACCAUCAGUAUCGGUCGCAGCGCCAACCACGCCGCCAGCGGGUCUAUUGGAAAGCCUAACCAUAUUCUUCUGUGGCAAAAGAUCUAAUUCUCGAAACGACCGUUUUAGCCAGUCGAGCUAGCAGAACGGCAGCAGAAUAGAACAAACCAAAAACAAAAUUGUAGCCAAAGAAUGGCAAACAAAAAAACAACUUUUCUUAGCUUUUGCAAAGCUCCACGAAAACGAAGAUGAUAGAUUCAGUAGAAAGGAGGGACAAAUCGCCAAAUACUGAAACGUAAAGAAGUACUAACGAAGGAAAUUGCCGACCCAAUUGCCGGCUCCCCCAUUUUGGAAAAGAAUGCAGCAUGGACUCACCAACCGCAAACAGGUGGAAUGUUAUUGUUUCCUUAGAGAAAAAUUUACUUAGCGAUACAGGAGCGUUACCUUCUUCCGAUUACACGAUGCAAUUACUGUGCUGGUUGGGGAGAAUAUGACAUUGUACCUACGAUGAUGAAGAUGGUAACUGAUCGAUUAAUUAGCUUGGAAGGUGCUUCACGUCGAAUAAACCGGGGGGGUGGGUCUCGACCAGUUGCGGUAACAAGUAUUAGCCACAUAGAAUCGUAGGAUAGCUCCUAAGCCAGCUUCAGCAUUCCCUAGGAAGUUAGCGGAACGAUAUUGAAUAGCGAACGAGCAACUAAGGCCAGUGAUAAGAUAAGCGCUAAGCAGAUUCAGCAGAUCGUAGCUCUUUGUCUCAACUUGUCCGUUAAAACAAAAGACACAAAUUGCUUUACAUACAUGGUGAACAAACGAGGAGCGGAAAACUAAGUAUUAAACGCUACGUAUAAUGAUGUCCGCCCAAGAAGCACUAUCGUUCCAGCACUGUUUCGGCAUGAAACAGCACCUGCUUUUGCCUAUAUACCUGCAGGUCAGACUCGGUGUGCUGACCGAAGCUAAACCAGGGCUUAAGAUACAUUAUGCGGAACGGGAAAAAAGCAUCCUGGCGGAGAGGAGGACUCCGGUCGGGUGGUCAAAAGCCAACGUAAAGCAGUAUUUGGUCGAACAUUUAGGCGUUUUGCAGAAUAUGGUGAGCGAAAGGCGCAGAACCGAGGGUGGAAGCUUUUAGCCGAUUUGCAGUUUUAAACACACACACACCGCCAAACUACACCACCAGAACACAAAUACAGCAAAGACGGAAACAAAUUUGCUUGCCUUAUUUGCUUACACUUGCACUACGAACGGCGGGCGCGUAAUGUGUAAUCGCGCCACGAUAGAGUGUGUGCACAGUGUGAAAACAAGGGUACGAUGGUACGAUAGGAGUAAAUAGUAAUGCUGCAUUUAAGCAAUUCAUUAAACUUUAGCUAGGUAAUUUUUGGGGUAUUAGCAAACCACCGCGCACACACACACACACGGAACUAGCCAUGCUUCCCCAAGCUGCUGGAACACACGUGUUUGUGUUGUUGUGUGGGGAAGGGUGGACACCACACAAAGCAAGCGCAAUUUAUCAGCGAUACGUCCAUUACCGUUCGAAUGUCCGGGGUCCGCAGGAUGUCCUGUUGGCGCACGGACUAAGAACUGCCAUUUUACCAUUUUUACCGAAAACAGGUUACCAAACUGCGUACCCUUUGGGUUUUUUUAUCAUUUGCAUUUCCAGACCGGCAAAAUAAUGUGCCCAUUUCUUCAUUUACGUGGUUCAAAUUGCUGCCAACACAAUAUUUUGUUUUUUAUCUAAUUGUUUAUGACCUCUUGAAGAUGAAACAUUCAAGCACUUAAAAAUUAAAAAAAAAGGAACAGAAGAUCAAUUUAAAUCGCGGUCCGGGGCCGAGUCAUCGCAGGUCUUUACACGACAGGACCAGGUUUCAAAUCCCAUCAAGACCGCUUCCCUGUACGUACUACGGGUAAAAUUAAGUCAAAUAAAGCCAGAAAUGGCAGCCCGAGACCUCUCGAAGUUGUAGUGCCACCGAAGAAGAAGAAGAUCAAUUUAAAUUGGCAAAAACCAUAGCGACAAAGGAUAAGCUUUAAUAAAAAGCCCUUCUCUUCGAAUUUAGAUUCAUCUGCGCAUAAAGCGUUCUCCAAAAUUCUAGGAGCUUUUCUCUAUGGAAAGGACGUUUCCGCGAACGUUUUUAUGGGCUUUGCGCGAGAUCUUAUUUAAGAGCGAAUUUUUCAUAUUAAAAUUUAUAUGAGGCGGUCCGGUGGCCGAGACGAUAACGGCGCCGGUGGUCAGGCUCGAGUUUCAAAUCUCAUCCAGACCGCCUCCCCGUACGCAGGGCUGACUACUUGCUACUACGGGUAAACUCAAGUCACAGAAAGCCAGAAACGGCAGGCCGAUACCUCUCGAGGUUGUCGUGCCAAGAAAGAAGGUGGGUUGCUUUUUUACCAGUACAUAACGGAUAAGAUACAAACAUAUAAAAAAUGUGUUUAAUGUGUUGCAAUAUAUGGCAGAAGCUUACUAAAUGAAGAACUGUGCACUUUAUUCUAACGCCCACUGAAGCUCACUGUAGGUGAUUUUUAAAGCUUUGUUCAGUAGUAUCGUUAGGCAAAGAAGCUUUAAGAUGGUUUUAAUGCAACAGCUUUGCGCUUGUUUCGUUUGUCCGAAUUUUAACCCGAAACAAUAAGUUACAAUAGGUAGGAAAAGUGGGACGAACAAACUCCAACUAGUGACAAUCAUUAUUGUUUUGCUUGUUUUUUACUUGUAAAGCCGCACUCUUACCUUGCUUUUGAAACACACCCACAAGAUGCCACCGACUAGCUGGUUUUAUGCAAGCAGUAGUAGCAGCAGCAGCAGCAGCAGCAGCAGCAGCAGCAGUAGAACAUAUCAGAAUGGAGAAAAUAGACUUAGAAGUAUAAUUAUGCCACUCCCCAAAAACUAC